CAAAAACGUGUGAGGAGGGAAGAGGUUGCAGACGGAGCCUAGCUGCUGCCUUGUCCUCAGCACUACUGCCACCCGUGCCCACCACCAGCCAGCAUGUCCUCUGCUCACUUCAACCGGGGCCCCGCCUAUGGGUUGUCCGCUGAGGUCAAGAACAAGCUGGCCCAGAAGUAUGACCACCAGCGAGAGCAGGAGCUUCGAGAGUGGAUCGAGGGAGUUACUGGGCGCCGCAUUGGGAACAACUUCAUGGAUGGUCUCAAAGAUGGCAUCAUUCUUUGCGAGUUCAUCAAUAAGCUCCAGCCAGGCUCCGUGAAGAAGGUCAACGAGUCGACCCAAAAUUGGCACCAGCUGGAAAACAUCGGCAAUUUCAUCAAGGCCAUCACCAAGUAUGGGGUGAAGCCCCAUGACAUUUUUGAGGCCAACGACCUGUUUGAGAACACCAACCACACCCAGGUGCAGUCCACCCUAUUGGCCCUGGCCAGCAUGGCCAAGACGAAAGGGAACAAGGUGAAUGUGGGGGUGAAGUACGCAGAGAAGCAGGAACGGAAAUUUGAGCCCGAGAAGCUAAGAGAAGGACGGAACAUCAUCGGGCUGCAGAUGGGCACCAACAAAUUUGCCAGCCAGCAGGGCAUGACGGCCUAUGGCACCCGGCGCCACCUCUAUGACCCCAAGCUGGGCACGGACCAGCCCCUGGACCAGGCCACCAUCAGCCUGCAGAUGGGUACCAACAAGGGAGCCAGCCAGGCCGGCAUGACUGCACCCGGGACCAAGAGACAGAUCUUCGAGCCAGGGCUGGGCAUGGAGCAUUGUGACACACUCAACGUCAGCCUGCAGAUGGGCAGCAACAAGGGGGCCUCACAGCGGGGCAUGACAGUGUAUGGGCUGCCGCGCCAGGUUUAUGACCCCAAGUACUGCCUGACGCCUGAGUACCCAGAGCUGGGCGAGCCUGCCCACAACCACCACCCACACAACUACUAUAACUCUGCCUAGGGCCCUGGGCACCCCCCCCCCGCCUUCCCCCCAGGGAGGCUGGCUGCUGCUCUUGGCAGGGUCGAGCUGGCCCUGCUGACCCCCUCCCCCUGCAUGGCGUCCUCCAGCCCCCUGGCACCUGCCUACAGGGUUAGCAUUCGGGGGGACAGACUGGGGGGGGCAUGUGGGGGGCAGGGGGCCCUCCUCCCUGGAGCGCUGCAGGAUCCACCAUCGAGCCGGGUGUUCCCAACAGCACCCAAAGGACGCACUGAGCAAAGCUACCCCAGCUGUCCCUCCACUCCCUCACAGGUGGGUACCCCAGGACAAGAGGUCCCCCCCAAGCAGAACCCCCAGAGCCCAGGCUCGGCCUGCCCCCACCCCAUUCCCACAGUGCGAGCAAACUGCAUGCCCAGAGACCCAGCGGACACACGCGGUUUGGUUUGCAGCGACUGGCAUAUGUGGAUGUGACAGCGGCGUUUGUUAACGCGAGCACUUUCUUUUUCUAUUUCACUGGAGCACAAUAAAUGGCUGUAAAAUCAU